ACAAGCGCUCGGGUGGGGCGGGGACAUGAUGGGGGGACGUGAAAGAGAAACACGGCAAAGUCAAGAUAACGGUAGACGCUGCCAAUAAUAAUAAUAAUAAAAAAAGCGAAACUGCAAUAUCUGCGCAUUGAAGGAAUCUUAGAGACGCUGGAGAAGCGAGCGAUGAAGCAGAUUCCGCGGUUAAUAUUUGUUGCCCAGCUGGCGCGAGGCGGACCGUUAGGGAUUUAAACAGGGGAGGGUUCCCCUGAGAUUCUGAGCUGGUCUCGUGGGGGGAAACAGCAUUAAGAGACUAGAUCCUAGGGUAACGUUGUCAUCCUGCCACCUCGGCACCCUGCUGGAACGCCCCCCCCACCCCCCCCCCCCCAAAAAAGUUAUGCUACGUUCGCACCCCGUGAAUGUACCAGGUGCCACUGCUGAGUGAUGUAGGGCGAGCCCCAAACGGGAUCUAAACAAGGACGAUGAGCGGGGAUCUUAGUGUUUGCGGGUCCCGGGCGACCCUGGGGCUGGGUCUGGGGGCAGCAGCCGGCCUCGGUCUGUUGUAUCUAGCCUACAGUAGGGGGCUGGGGAAGAGGACCUGUCGGGGAAAACAUGGCACACUUGACUUCAGCAAUUUGAAACCUAGCAAGCCAACCGUGCAGAAUCAGGCAGCACCAAAGGAAGGUAAAACGCAGGUGACAGAGGAUUGUAGUAACAUUGCAGAAUUGAAGAAACAGCAACUGGAGAUAUGGGAGCAAUUAGACGUAAUCCUUCAAUGUGUGAGAGAGCUGAAGGAGGAAGUGGUCGAUCUUCGGGAGUGUUUGACUGGAAUGACGGAUCAGAUUGUUGGUGAUGUCAGGUCACGUUUAGGUCAAUGUGGAAAAUCAGGAAAAAAGAAGAGAAUAGGAUUUAGUAGAGAAAGAAGUAACUCUGCUGAAUCAAACUCCAUCUAUUUCACAUCCAGCACUGGGAAUAAGAGCAGUGCUGAAACAGAGAGUGAAGGAGGAUAUACUACAGCUAAUGCAGAGUCAGAUAAUGACCGUGAAGAAGCACCAGAUUCCAUGUGCAACUCAUCUCAAAAUUUAGAUGAAUUCACUCAACUUCUAUGCAUAGCAGACAGGUUGCAUGAAGGUGGAGAUGAAGACAAAACAAAGGGGUUUAAGUUGCUCUUGGAUAAGAAAACCAAGUAUCAUUCGAAGCCUGAGUUCUGCUGGCGACUGGCUCGUGCAUAUUGUGAUAUGGUGGAGUUAGCGAAAGACCAAAUUGAGAAGAAGUCCUUUUUGGUUAACGGGAAAGAAGAAGCAGAAGCUGGUCUUCGGGAAGACAAUGCAAAUGCAGAGUGCCACAAGUGGUAUGCUAUCCUAUGUGGCAAACAGGCUGACGAUGAGACCGUCCAGAAUCGUAUCAAAGCUGGAUAUUGUUUCAAGGAGCACAUCGACAAGGCCAUUGAGCUGAAGCCUAAUGACCCUUCUUUAUACUACUUGUUGGGAAGAUGGUGUUAUGAGGUAGCGCAAUUAGGUUGGAUCGAAAGGAAGGCAGCUGCAACUUUCUAUGGAACACCUCCAAGUUCCACCAUUGAUGAAGCUGUAAAAAACUUUUUAAAGGCUGAAGAAUUGAAACCAGGAUAUUCCAAAGUGAACUCGGUCUAUAUUGCAAAGUGCUACAGGGAUCUUGGGAGCUAUGCCACUGCCCUACAUUGGCUUGAAUUAGCAUCUGCAUUACCCAUCAAAUCUAAGGAGAUUUUGUCAUUCAAGAAACCUCACCGUCCCCUCAGCAUCUACAUUUUCACCUGUAACUCACCGAACUAGAUCUUGCUAAAAGAACCACCUAUUAAAAAUGUACGCACAUCUAUAUCACUUUUGACCCAGUGCUCUUCCUUAGGGUGUGAUGAUGCUGUCACUUUAAAAGGUUAUUUUGUCCUUUUUUAAAGAGAGAUUGUAAGGCAGAGGUGCUGAACUAGCUACUGAAGACGAAUUAAGUAAACAAUACGUGAGUUUUUUUUAAAAGCUGGAACAGUCGGAGGCAGCACAGGUGUGGCCUCCUAGUUUUUGGUUUUAGCUUUCAGCAGCAGAAGCCUAUGAGGUCUCAAAAGAGUUGGACGCUUCAGUGAAUGAUUCCGAGCUGCUAUUCUCUU